UGUGGAACAACAUAGGACAAGAUAGAAGUAUCCACUUUUAGAAAAGUUGUAGUGUAGUAUUGGCUCUGGAUCAGCUUGAUUGUAGCACUUAAGGAGGUUGUAAUUAUAGCAAAAAUUACAACUCAGAGUAGCUUAAAUUUCCAGUUCCCGUCCAAUUUUUUCACAAUUGAGAAUGACUUCCGGAUGGGAGCCGAAACGUCUUGAUUCUGAAAACAGUGUCCAGAUGACUACGACUGAAACCUUUUCUACGAUAGAACACUCCUGGACGAUUGAGGAACUACACCGUCUAUAGCAAAAAUGCCUUUGUUAAACAGAAUUGUAUUUACAGAUGAGCCUUUCAUGUCUCCUAGAUGGCGUACUCCACUGGCACUCUCGCACAGGGCUGUUUUGGUAAGGUGUACAAGCAGAAGUACAAUGAUACCUGGGCUGCUAUAAAGAAGGUCCCCCAGCAGCUCAUCAGUAAGAAGGACCUGGAGAGAGAGUGUGAAGUGUACAACAAGGCAAAUCAUCCCAACAUAGUGAAGCUUCUGGGUAACAUAAAUCUCAAAGACGGAAAAUGGAUCAUUCCUCUAGAGUUUAUCUUCGGAGAGGACUUAGAGACAACCAUCUUCAAAGCAUCAAAGUCUAAAAUACAGUUGACUCCAGCUAAUAGAGGCACUAUCAUCAUCGGCAUGUGUGAAGGGCUGCUUCACCUCCACUCCAAAGAUAUUGUCCAUCAAGACCUCAAGCCUGAAAAUAUCAUGGUGGAGCACAACACAAACAGAGCCGUCAUCAUCGACCUGGGACUAGCCAAGUUCUUCCGACAUGGUCUCAACUCUGCCGUGGACAUGGGGAAUGAGGCCUACUCAGGCCCUGAGGUGCUGCAGAGGGGCAGCCAGCGAGACCAGCGCUCAGAUGUGUGGGCCAUGGGUAAGAUCAUUGCUGAGCUCUGUGCCCGGAUUCGGCUGUACACGCCCAGCGUCUGUCCAGCCAAGAUCAAGGAGACCCUGCAGGAUUCGCCAUACUGCCAUGCUGUGUGUAGGAUGGUGGAGACCGACCCUUCUCUGAGGGCCUCCAUGGGUGGGGUCAUAAGUGAGAUACGAAGGGCCGGAGGUGCAGGCAUGGUCACCAAUACACCCGUUCAAAUAGAGCACCUUAAGCCACCUACACCUCACAUUAAUGUCAGAAACCAGUCUCCAUCACCAGUGAACAGGGAUCCAUCACCAAUAAACAGGGAUCCAUUACCAUUUAACAGGGAUCCAUCACCAGUGAACAGGGAUCCCUCACCAGUGAACAGGGAUCCAUCACCAAUAAACAGGGCUCCAUUACCAUUUAACAGGGAUCCAUCACCAAUGAACAGGGCUCCAUUACCGUUUAACAGGGAUCCAUCACCAAUGAACAGGGCUCCAUUACCGUUUAACAGGGAUCCAUCACCAAUGAACAGGGCUCCAUUACCGUUUAACAGGGAUCCAUCACCAAUGAACAGGGCUCCAUUACCGUUUAAUAGGGAUCCAUCACCACUCAACAGGGCUCCUUUACCCUUUAACAGAGAUCCAUCACCACUCAACAGGGCUCCAUCACCGCUUAAAUGGGAGCGUUCGCCCAAACCAGGUGUACUGCACCUCUCUCCUUCCCCUCAGAGGACAGAGGAAAAGAGUAAACACCAGGCUCUGGUCCCGACAGGUGCAACUGACCUCCCGGAAGACUUCAUGAAAAUGAUGGAUCUGCCCUGCAACCUGCCCACAACAGGGAGGGUGUUGGUGCGGCGUUUUGAGGAGAAAAACGGGGAGGUGGGAACAUGGGAGCAGAAGGAGGUGGUGACUCGUGAUGGGAAGAUAGUCAAGUACGACGAUGUCAAGUUUAAUAACAACUAAGAAUAAGAGUUUAAGGAUUUGUUAUUUGGCAGAUACUUUAUCUCCUCAAAAAGGAUUGCAUGUGCUGGUUGAAUGGUUAGUUCAGGGUCGCCUAACCUUUGGUAUCUUUUUAGGAAAGCAUGUAAAAUACAUUUCCACUGAGCUAAAGAGUAAACUGAGAUAAAGCUACAGUAGACACAAGUUUCUGUCACAGAUAAAAUCGACAUGUUACAAACUUAGAAAUGCAGUAUGGCACUUUGAAGCAGUAAUGAGAGGACAAUUUGAAAUGGAUUUGGUUGUACUGAAACAUGAUAUUUAGUCAUGUUAGGAAUUUGAUUGAUCAUCUAAUUUACUUGCCAAGAAAGACAUAUCUGCAGGCAUGAACAACCAUCUGUGAAUGUUUUUCAGCAUCUGAAUGUAUAAGACUGUGAACAUGGCUCAUACAUUAUGUGUCUAUUUAUGUAUAUAAAUAAAUUCUGAAAUAUCUGUUGCAAUUGCA